AUGAUCACCAAUGGCGGCCACCACCACCACAAUGCGCACAAUGGCACCUCCAAUAGUAAUGGUCACGGCAAUGGCGAUGCCAGCCGCCACCAGCCAGCCCCACUGGUGGAGUACCCAAACAACCUGACCAUUCCUGAUCUUGCCUACUUCAUUGCCGCGCCCACGCUCUGCUAUGAGCUCAACUUUCCUCGAACUGAUCGAAUUCGAAAGCGUUUUAUCAUGAAGCGACUCUUUGAAAUUGUUUUUCUCUUUCAACUGGACAUUGGCCUGAUUCAGCAGUGGAUGGUGCCCACCAUUCGCAACUCGCUGGAGCCUUUCAAGGAGAUGUCCCUGGGGCGAAUGCUGGAACGCCUGCUGAAGCUGGCCGUGCCCAAUCACCUCAUCUGGCUCAUCUUCUUCUACUGGUUCUUUCACGCCUUUCUCAACCUGCUUGCCGAGCUGCUGCGUUUCAGUGACCGCCAGUUCUACAAGGACUGGUGGAACUCCGAGUCGGUGAGCACCUUCUGGUCGACGUGGAACAUUCCCGUGCACGCACACCUGGUCAGACACGUCUACCUGCCGCUACUGAACCAGGACCGGGUCAAGUUUAAUCGCUUUUGGGCGUCGACGGUGGUCUUUCUCCUGUCUGCCUUCUACCACGAGUACCUCGUCUCGGUGCCGCUGAACAUGUUUCGUCUGUGGGCCUUCGGCGGGAUGAUUGCUCAGCUGCCGCUCUCCGUCUUCGUCAACAGGUACCUCAAGGGACAGUCGGGCAACGUUGCGGUAUGGAUAUCCCUCAUCCUAGGUCAGCCACUGUGCAUUCUCAUGUACUACCACGACUACUACGUCAUUCACGUUGCCUCCACCAGCAACUAG